CUUCUCUUCUCUUGACCCCGCCUCUAACACUUUUGGCACAUUCACACUCAUUUGUCAUCAUCACUCGACACUUUUUCACACUUAACUUCCAACCUUCACAAUGGCUGCGCGUCUUAUUGCUCAGGUUAUCGUUAUGGGAACACAAAUUGUUGGCAAAGCUUUCAUGGAAGCCUACCGCCAGGCAGCUGCUAAUGCUGCUAAAAAUGGGGGGCAGCAAGCUGCUAAAAGCGGCAGUGGUGGAUCCAAAGCAGCAGCAGCAGAUGCUAUCACACGUAAAACUGGUAUGACAGUGGAUGAAGCCAUGAAUAUCUUGAACAUCACCAAGGAUGCCGACCUUGCCAAGAUUGUUAAGAACUAUGAACAUUUGUAUAAAGUAAACGAUAAGACAGUCAACGGCUCCUUCUAUUUGCAGUCCAAAGUAGUAAGAGCGAAGGAACGUUUGGAGAUGGAAUGGGCUGCACAAGGAAAUCCUAUUAAAAUUGCGUCCGAGGCGCCAGCAUCAGAAUCAGCAGGAACAUCAGCGUCAAAAGCAGACCCCUCAGCGCCAUCACAUCAAUCUGGUGGAGAUAAACAGACAUAAGCCGUUGAAAGAUGAAGAUGGGGCGAAAAUCUCGUGUAUUUCCAUUGUAAAGCAAGAUGCCGUUGGGUUUAUUUGGAUCAUUCUUUCUACUCUAAAAAGUAGAAUCAUCAAUUUGCAUUUUAGGAUAGAUGUUAUAUAAU